AUUCGUAUCAUUCUGAAAACAGCUGUAGUCACAAUAUGGCUGCUCGCUUAGCCAAUCAAGUAUCAAUUAGAUUACCAAUCAGAACUUCGGAUAUCAAUGUCGCUUCUCUCUUUAUAUAGGACUCUAAUCGUGAGCAUUGAGCAUGGCGACUGGCCGGUCUCAGGCAUUUGCAGGCGAUACAAAAUAAAUAGAUGCCUGAAACCAGUGUUCAAAGGUCGUAAUAUAUUUUCCAGCGAUGUCUGACGAUAAAGACACUCGAUUGCAGGCAUACAAAGACGAUCCGCGAAUUCCUUGUCAAUACGGUAUUAAAUGCUAUCAAAAAAAUCAACAGCAUCACAGCAAGUACAAACACCCGCCAAAAAGAGAGAAGUCUCCACACAUAGAAGAGAAAACUGAGAAGACAAUUACUAGAGAAAAAAGAAAGAAUCCUAUUAAAAAUGAUGGUAAAGCACAAUCAGAAAGUCCACCAAGAAAAUUGCAGAAAACACAUGAGUCUUCUUCCGACAGAAAUUUACAUAAUCUUUCUCCAAGUCCAGAGAGAACUGAUGUCAAAGAUAAUAAUAAGAAUGAUGAUGAACAUGUUAAUGAAAAAGCAGAAACAUCGAUUGAAAGAAUAUCACCGAAUGGGCAUAAUUCACCUGAGCCAACGAAACAUAAUGUUGCUGAAAACAUAUUGAUAUCUGAUGUGGAUGCUGAAAAAAUUAUCAUGGAUCUAUUUCUAGUUGAGAUGCCAAAAGACUUUUAUCAAUUCUAUGAGUUUUGUAAAAGUAUAUCGAAAGAUAAUCCUCUUUUGGCUUGUAAGUCUGCUCGCUUGAAACUUGUAGGUCCAUACGAUGUGUUAAAUGGUAAAAUAAAAAUUUCCUCAAAUGAGGAUGAUAAGGAAAAGUAUUUGACACAUUGGAGAUAUUAUUAUGACCCUCCGGAAUUUCAGACUGUUAUAAAAUGCGAGGAUAAAGAGGGCUUACAUUUUGGUUACUGGCGAGAUGAUGUUGUGGAGAAACCAGUAUUUGUAGCAAAGAAUCAAGCAAACGUAAAUGGUAUAUUUGAACCUGUUGCAGAAAAUUUAUUUGGUGCUGUUGACGCUUAUUUGCAAAAUAGAACGAAAUUAGCUAAUCCUUUCGAGAAGAGCAGCAUAAUACGUUUGCAUUCACAAUUGAAGAAUUUUGCCAAACAACACAAUAUAACGCUUGAGAAAAAUACCAUAGACAUGCGAGCGAGAGAGAAACGGGUUGUAGCGCGAACCUUUCACAAAGCAGGCAUUGUGGUUCCUUAUGACAAAAAGACUCAGUUGGGUUACAGAGAUUUGGCGGCAACAGACAAUGACUUACAAAAGAUAUUGAAGCAGAUAGAGGAGGCUACUACUCCGGAAGAGAGAAAAACGCCAAUUGCGAAACUCGAUGAAAUCGUAAGGUUGGCGACAAUUGCUGCGGAUGAAUGCGACUUUGGCACUUGCUUAGAGCUAGGACACGACCUUUUCUCAAACGGCGGGAUUCAUGUACAAACUAGAGCCCUGCAAAUGCUAUCUAUUGCUUAUACUCACUUGAAAAGGCCACAACUAUUAAAAAUACUUAAAGCACAUUUGAAAAACAGAAAAAACGAUUGUGGGUUGAAAUUAAGCGUGAUUUAAAAAGCAUAUAUAUCUUAAAUAAAAUCUUAAGUAUGAUCUUUAUUGUGAAAACAUUGCCACACAUGCAAUUUUCGUCCAUAAAUGCAAACUGUAUAAAUCAGAUCUUUAAAUCCUGAUUACAAUGAAAUUGUAAUCAAAUUUGUCUGAAGCCGAUAAUCUCCAUUUAUCCAUCUUCGAAAGAAACUUCAAGAAAGCAGCAGUAAACCGAGCGAUCUGAUCGUGCGUUACGUAUAUGUAUGCGAUAAAUCUUUGAUUAUAAGACUACAGGUAGUUAAAGCAGUAAA